AUGGAAAUAUCUGAUAUUCUCAAAGGCGGUGAAAAUAGGGUCUCCUUGUCGGCAUUAGGUUAUAUAGCAGUAAUGACUUCUAUAGUAGGACUUUUGACUUAUCUUGUUACAAUUCCUACCAAGACUCUUUCGACAAAUGCUAAGAGAGCAAUUUCAAUCCCGAUACUUCUUGUAAAUUUUUUCUUUCCUGCUUUCCUAAAGGUCGACAUAGGAUUUGUUGCUUGUGGAAUGGGACUAGCAAGUUUCGCUAGCUUGAUGAGAUUCAUAGAGCUUAUAUGGACAGGGCCUUUUAUAUAUGGUCGCGACGCUUACGUUCCAAUUGGGUAUCUACAUGAAGAACUUUGGAAGCCAAUUCGAACAUUUUAUAAACCCGAAUCAAAAGAUAUAGCUUCCAAAGAGAAGUAUAUAGAACAAGAGAAUGUUAAAGACAAGAGAUACUACGACAUUAUACUAGCUUGGAUUGGAAACGCUAUUAUAUGUGAUAUAUGUACAUCAUUUAGCGUUACAUACACUAUGAAGGAUAUUGAAGAGAUUAAUAGCAAUAUAUCUGUGGCUUCCUUGCUUUUCCACUGCUUGACAAUCAUACUUUUUACCACUGUAUUUAAUACACUUGCUUAUCCUGCGCAGCUUAUAUAUGUUCUUUACUACGAAGGUGGAUCUUACUCUUCAAAGGAAUGGCGGCCAUUGGCUAAAAACCCUAUACUAGCAAAAUCAUUAAAUGAAUUCUGGGCCCCUCGCUGGCACAGAAUAGCACGCUCUCCAAUGGUCAAUUUAGUCUACAAGCCGGUCUAUGAUUUCUCCAAGAGGUUCUUCUCCAAAUUUAUCAAAAACCCUGCUCCACUUGCUCGUGCCGCUGGUGUAUUUGGUGUAUUUGUUAUCUCUGGGGUCAUGCAUGAAUUCAUCUUUGUAUGGAAUAUCGGGUGGCCUGUGUAUAAAGAGCGUUUUCUCGGAGUACAUAUGACCCAGUUUAUUUUAUUUGGAGUUGUAUUACCGCUCGAGCUACUAGUUGGCCACAUUGCAUCAAAGAAAAUUCCUGAAUUCUGGAGGCGUUCGUCUAUCACCUUGUGGAUUAGGCGUUUCAUCACAUCUGUCCUAUUACACAUCCUUAUUUAUCCUGUUCUUGAGAACUUUCACUAUUUAGGUAUACGGUAUAGCCUUCCUUUCAAGGUUUUAAGACCAUAUAUUCAUGAAGCUAUUCAUAAAUUUCCUCUCUUGAAAGUUUUGUGUGGCAGCGACAUUUAG